AUGUAUAUAUAAUGGCGCAGGAGAGGACAGGGCCCACACAAAUUGCCUGCUAUUGCCAACACCCGUUGCCUCUGCUGACCUCAGUCACGAACAAGGCCACUGCGAUUCCCGGCCACCGGAGACCGUUUCUGCGGCCUCGGCUUCCGCCGCCGGCGGAGCAUAAUUCUGCGUCUGUCUGCAAUUAUGGUUUCUGUUUAUGAAGGAAUAUUGUGAAGAAUGGAUUCCAGCAAAAGAGUGGAGGCUUCAUUCGACUUUCUGCAGAUCCUUGGGACUGAUAUUGGCUUGCAUAUCAUGAAUUACGUGAAUGAUCCUGCUGAUGUGGUUCGUGCGAGUAUUGUUUCACGCAAUUGGCGUGACUUUGUGGUUACAAAUGAAUUUGCAAAAGCAUUGUGCCUGAAAGCAUUCCCCCAACUCGCCGACAUUGGUAUAGUUCCAGAAACGAUGAAUCGCCUCAAUGAUGAAACCAGUGCUGAUUGGGAAACUCUGCUGUGGGAUCAGAAGAUCUAUGCAUCUCUGCAUCAUGCUGUCCUGAAAUCAGCUAGUCCCCUUAAGGAUUGUGUGAUAACUGCAGUUAGUGCUUCCAGCACCGACAAACUUCCAGACGAAAGUAUUGCGAAUACUUUAACUUCAAUGGACAGGUAUUUUCACAAAGCAUCAUACUGGUCAAGUAAAGGAACGGCUGAUCCUGACGAGCCUGAGACAUUGAUAUAUAAAUUAAGGCCUGGUGUAUGGGUAAUUUCUGAGGUUCUCGUUCGUCCAUUCGAAGCCUACUUCCAGCCCGGGAACCCUAUAUACUCUGCACAAGCAGUAAGAUUUCGAUUGGGCCGUAUGAAACCAUCGCUGGGUGAUGGAAAUGACCUCCACCGCUUGCCGAUGCCGGCUCCUGCUGACGACAAGUUCAUAUGGACUUACACAUCACCUGAGUUUCCGAUGAACCAGGAGAAUUCAUUGCAGUCGUUCAAGCUACCGGAGCCGGUGGUUUCUACAGGGGGGUUUAUGCUGGUUGAGUUGUUGGGCAGAGUGCAGAGUCAGGGUUCCGACGGGCUAUUCUAUGUGUGCAUCUGUCACGUACGAGCGAUGGGACGAUCCCUUUCCCCUGCAUUCGAGAUAGAGUAUGUUGGGGCGGGUAGGAAGAUGAUGUUGAAGCAUCGGCCGGAGCAUCUGAAGUCGGUUCUGGAAAGCCCUCCGGUGACUGUAAACGCGCGGGCGUGGAACGAGAAGCAGCAAUUGUGGUGGGAGGGGUCUGCAGCUGUGGUGCGGCGUGAAAUCGACUUUGAUUUGCCGCUUAUUGGAGAAAUGGGCAACGAUGGUCCAAGAGAGUUCUUGUGGAGUCAGGACAUGGCGAGCUGGCCUCGGGACUACGACGAGGACGAGGAGGAGGAGUGAGUCUGUCUGCUGCUUAUCUAAAUUAUUUAUUCCAUUCCAUUCCAUUGCAUCCUCAGCGCAACUCUUGUAAGAAGUUUGUAGCCAUCUCAGGUCUGGUGUGGGAUUUGCUGUUUUUUGUUUUGUUUGGGCGAAUGAUGAUAUCAGUUCAUAACCGGUAGCUGACUUAUGUUAUGUUGUUGACUGUUUCGACAUUUCUCUUGGACUUGGAGGAUGGAUGCAUUGUGUGUUUUUUUCGA